UUUAAUAAAGCGUGACACGUUGACCUCAUCGACAUCUCGAUCCCACCAUUAAAUCCAGACAAAACCCUAAUUAAAAAUCCAUUCUCUCAAAUUCUUCUUCCACCAACAAUGGCUGUUUCCGCCGAUUCAUCAUCUUCAACCUCCGUUUCUCAAUUUCAACUCAUCGGUCCUCCAUCUAUCCACCGCCAACCUUCACCAUCUCCACCUCCUCCGUCACCACCUAAACAAAAUGAUGAUGACAAUUCCCAAUUCUCAAAACCAGAUGAGUCAACAACAAUCCCUAAUUCAAAUUCAUCUCCAAAACCAGAUGAUCCAACUUUCAUAGAUCUAAUGGUUUCAAAUUUCAACAAUCUGAAAACAGAUUCUCCACCAUCUCCACCACAACCUCAACCUCCCCCUCCGUAUCAUCUCAGAGGUUUGACCGAAAAUGGAUCAGCAACAUAUAUUUCAUCAGACAAUCCAUUGCUUGAUUUCUUCUUUCAUGUGGUCCCCGAUACACCACACGAAAGCGUAAACCAAAGAUUAGAAUCGGCCUGGAAUUUUGAUCCUUUGAAAGCUUUGAAGCUGAUUUGUAAUUUGAGAGGGGUUCGAGGCACUGGUAAAUCUGAUAAAGAAGGGUUUUAUGCUUCGGCGUUAUGGCUUCAUAAGAAUCAUCCAAAAACAUUAGGUUCCAAUCUUAAAGCUAUGGCUGAUUUUGGGUAUUUUAAAGAUUUGCCUGAGAUUUUGUUUAGAUUGCAGGAAGGAAUUGAGAUCAGAAGAGAAUUGAAGAGUCAAUGGAUGAUUCAGAAAUAUAGUUAUCCGGUUGAUGAAGAGACUGGGAAACGUAUUUACAAGAAUCCAAAACAGGUGAAGGAUAGGAAGAAAGGGAAAAGGGGAAAGGGUAGAUCAGAUUCUGAGGAGGAGAAACCAGAGAAGAAGAAGAGUAGGAAGGAAAGGGGGAUAGAGUUGUCCAAAAGAGCUUUCGACAGGUAUGUGAAUGAUACUGAGUAUAGGAAUUUACAUGAUAGGAUAUCUGAGAUUUUUGCUGAGUUUUUGAUUUCUGAUUUGAAGCAUUUGAAUUCUGGUGAGAUUAAUAAGAUUAGUUUAGCUUCGAAAUGGUGUCCGUCUUUAGAUUCGUCUUUCGAUAAGUCUACAUUGUUAUGUGAAAGCAUUGCUAGGAGAAUUUACCCGCGUAGUUCGUGUCCUGAGUAUGAAGGUGUUGAGGAAGGUCAUUAUGCUUUUAAGAUUCGUAAUAGGUUGAGGAAAGAGUAUCUAGUUCCGCUGCGUAAAGUGUUGGAAUUGCCUGAAGUUUAUAUGAGUUGUAAAAUGUGGGAGUCGUUGCCGUACAAUCGUGUUUCAUCUGUUGCUAUGAAGAAGUAUAAGGGACUUUUUGAAGAGCAUGAUAAAGAAAGGUUUAAUCAGUAUUUAGAGAGUGUUAAGAAAGGAGAGACAAAGAUUGCUGCUGGCGCAUUGUUACCUCAUGAGAUCAUUGCUUCUUUAGAUGAUGAGGAUGAGGAUAAAGAUGCUGAUUGUAAUGUUGCGGAGCUGCAGUGGAGACGAAUGGUAGAUGAUUUGUCCAAGAUUGGAAAGUUAAGUGAUUGUCUUGCAAUUGCAGAUGUGUCUGGUAGUAUGUCAGGGACACCAAUGGAUGUUGCUGUAGCUCUUGGUUUGUUAGUGUCUGAGUUGAGUCAAAGUCCAUGGAAAGGACAACUUAUCACCUUCAGCGAAGAUCCUGAAUUGCACAAGAUUGAAGGUGACAACCUGAGAUCGAAGACAGAAUUCAUUAGAAACAUGGCCUGGGGAGGUUCAACAGAUUUCCAGAAGGUGUUUGACCAAAUAUUGCAAGUGGCAGUUGAUGGCAAACUGAAGGAAGACCAGAUGAUAAAAAGGCUUUUCGUAUUCAGCGAUAUGGAAUUCAAUGAGGCUGCAGGGAAGUAUAGCUACUCCUAUGAGGACCAAGCGGUGCUUGAUCCGACCAAGGAAUGGGAGACUGACUACCAGGUGAUACAGAAUAAGUUCAGGGAGAAAGGAUACAACAACGUGCCAGAGAUUGUGUUUUGGAACCUUCGAGACUCUAGAGCAACUCCGGUGCUGGGUCAACAGAAGGGUGUGGCAAUGCUUAGCGGGUUCUCUAAGAAUCUCUUGACCCUGUUUCUAGAGGGUUCCGAUCUUAGUGAUUUUACUCCCAUUAAGGUGAUGGAGAAGGCAAUCUCUGGAGAGGAAUACAGUAAACUUGUGGUAGUUGAUUGAUAACUGGUUCUCAUUCUACUGGAUUAUCAUUCAAAUUUUGAAACUAAACUCUGAUAUAUACUGGCACUUUGACAUCAUAGGAUGUUUUUUCUGUUUUGUUGCCGGUCCAACUCCAAUUCGAUGUUUGUUUCUGUAAGGCAUUCUACAUCUUACUUGUUUUGGGUUUUUCAUUUGUUGUUAUAUUGGAUUAUCAUUCCAGUUUUCUUUUGUUAGUCCUAUUGCUUCCGUUUA